AGUUCUAGAGGCAGUACCAAAUCCUGCAGUCAGUAGCGAGAUGCCGUGCCCGCCAUGUCUGAGGGUGCAGAGCCGUGGGCAACGCCAGCGGCGGACGGUUGCAUGGUUUCUGGCCAGAGCCACUGUCCUCAUUCGGUUGUUCGAAUCCCAAAUUUCACCGACGAGGGAACUGGUCGUACUCAGCGUUCCUAUGCAACAGCGGACACCGUGGCCACGAGGCUGUGGCAUUUUUACAGCCUCUGGAGCUUCUCCAUAGGCCUCUUGUUCGGUUGCAUUUGCGCUUGAAAUGCGCGGCCCACCAGCCUUUUCUUCUCCGGGACGAAUCGGAUGUCAUGAGGUUGUUUUUCUGUUGUAAAGAUGAAGAGAGAUCUUGAUACGUGGUGGGAUUGGAGGGCGGCGACGACGACGACUGGAGACGAAGACAGUUCGAUAUCGCCGGAGGCUGCUCUGGAACUGCUAGUACAGAAAUGUGUGGUUUUGGACAAUUUGUCACCUGUCAGCUACGUGCACACGAUUCGGACGGCGUUGGAGCAGUUCGGGAAGGUUCGUGGAGUGAAGCUUGUGAGGGACUGCCAGACAUGUUUGUUCACCGGGGUAGCUUUUGCAGAAAUGGAGAGCAAGGAGCAGAGAGACCAGGUUGUUAAAGAACUGAAGGACUAUCUUCUCAUGAUAGGUCAAAUGCCUCGCCCUGCUCGGGCCAUUCCUGCUUGUCCAGAACUGAUGAUAGAUCAUCCACUGCGUAGUUUUUCUCGUAAGGUAUCUGCACGUCUGGUUACUCCAAAAAAUCCACGCUAUGCGCAACUGCGCGAGACCGCCAUUCAAGAGAAUAUACAUUAUGCACACCAGAGUGCACUUAUUCAGCAUAGGAAGGAAGAGGAGUUGAAGCUGGAGAAGACUCAACAGAGAAUUUGCCAAGAGAACAUAGAUAAACUGAAGUUUCUAGAGGGCCAAAAAUCCUCUGAUGCUUUCAAACUAGUAAAGCAAAUUCACGGGGGGCUUCGACAAUGAAGAUUUUACUGGGCCAUUUUACGUGUCAUUUAUCACCGUACAGGCUCGGUACGGGAAUUGGAGAGUUGUUGAAUCUAGAUCACCAGUUGAGCUUGCAUGAGAGUUGGUUAUUCCCGAAUUUCAACUGACGUCAAAGUUGAAAGCAUGCAAGUGAAUAUAGACGCCGGAGUCAACUACGUCCAGGACGAUGAUGACCGUGAUCUGUUCCAGGUUCUAAAGAGUCGCAUCUUCAGGUCAAAGUGCCUGCGGGUCAGCGAGGAGGCUCACGUAUGCUUUUUCAUUUCACCUGUAUGAUGUAAAGAGUUGGGCCCCAACAAUUUUGAUCGAUGAAAAUAUCCAUUUGUUAAAUUCUCCUCCUUCCCGUUUCUAUCAAGCUUUACAAGCUUCGUG